AUCAAAACGCUGUCAUUCGUCGUCUUUCGAAGUUCUUUCUGCGGACUGUGUCCCACCUUUCGACCUCUGAGAGGCACGUUUUCGCGGCUAGUCCGUCAUUCUUCGUCCAUUUUCUUCUGUCUGCGACAGCUGGCCGUUUGCUUGGUCUUUUUCAUUUCAAGAACCCGCGAAACAUACGUUUUUCAUUAUCAUGCUCUCGGAUUCUCGUUUCACACCCUUCUUCACUGCUCAGGCAAAUGGACUAAUCGUUGUUCCCGUUUUUGCCUUGCUAUCUGCAUUAGCGCUCGCUUUCAUAGUUUUCAGGAGUAUCCGUCUUGUGGUGAUUCCCUUAUUCCGGCGUGACGGAUUGGCGUGCAGAGCUCCGGAGAACUUAUUCUUCCGUACUCAACUGGGUCAUUAUGCUGCCUCCCUUGUUUUAAGCAAUGUUUUCCUCACCGCAGCUGGGCUAAUGGAAUUUUUCUGGGUCAAACAAUCUGGGAUCCAUCAAGGUUCCAUGUGCACUUUUCAAGCUGUUCUCAUGCAGAUCGGUAACUGGUCCACCUGUUUCUUCUCUGUUGCUAUCGGUGUCCACACGUGCAACUCCCUGGUGUUUCGUCUCUACCAAAUUAGUUACCUGAGUAUUGCCGUCAUCGCCUUCGGAUGGAUCAUGUCGCUGGUGAUUGCACUGGCACCUAUCAGCCAAGCUGGUGUCUAUGGCCCUGUCAUCGUUUCCUGUGGCGUCACGACGGCGUAUCCCAGCAAGAUAUUUGGGCUUGAAGCUUUUCCAAUCAUUUUCGUCUCUGUGCUUUUAAUCAUUGUUUACUGCCCGAUAUUCCUUUUUCUCCGGGGUAUUCUGCAUAUUAGAGGGGGCAUCAAGUUGACUUUCAAGGCUCAAGGACGAUGUUGCGCUAUGACCGACUCGGAGGAAUACCGCCGCUUCAUGACAGCUGUCGCAAAGACGAUGUUUUGGUACCCUAUCGCAUUCAUCUCCCUCUCGUUGCCGAUCGCGGUAGCAAAUAUGGCACAAUCCUCUGGUCGUGUCAUCCCAUUUGGAGCAGAGGUAUUCGCACAUGUAUGCUGUUCUAUGAUUGGGCUUGUCAAUUUCAACACUGCCAAAGAUUCAGGUUGAUACAGAGAAGACUUUUGGAAACAACGCGUCCGACGAAUCACCUAUUCUUCCCCCAGCUGCUCACAUGCCCAAAGGACCGCUUUUGCCUCUGUACAAUGACACAAAGGAAAUAUCCCCAGUCUCACUGUCAGAUUUCCCGCCAGUUAAAUAUCACUCUCGCAACUCAAGUACUGAUUCCGCGACCCACUUGCUGAGCACCAAGAGGACACCUUCGAGGUUUCACAAGAUGAGGGUCAGGCAGGGCGAGUCAUUGCUGCCUCUGUCUCGUACCAUUCUCAUACCUGCGGAGCUCAAUCGUCAGCUCGAUG